GGGAGACACCGAAUUCAAAGCAGGCUCCAGGUGGCGAUAAAAAUAAUAGAUAAAUCUCAGCUGGAUGCAGUGAACCUUGAGAAAAUCUACCGAGAAGUACAAAUAAUGAAAAUGUUAGACCACCCUCAUAUCAUCAAACUUUACCAGGUAAUGGAGACCAAAAAUAUGUUGUACCUUGUGACAGAAUAUGCCAAAAAUGGAGAGAUUUUUGACUACCUUGCUAAUCAUGGCCGGUUAAAUGAGUCUGAGGCCAGGCGCAAAUUCUGGCAAAUCCUGUCUGCUGUCGAUUAUUGUCAUGGUCGGAAGAUUGUGCACCGUGAUCUCAAGGCUGAAAAUCUCCUGCUGGAUAGCAACAUGAACAUCAAACUAGCAGAUUUCGGUUUUGGAAAUUUCUUUAAAAGUGGUGAACUGCUGGCAACAUGGUGUGGCAGCCCUCCUUAUGCGGCCCCUGAAGUCUUUGAAGGGCAGCAGUAUGAAGGACCACAGCUGGAUAUCUGGAGCAUGGGAGUGGUUCUUUACGUCCUUGUCUGUGGAGCUCUGCCUUUUGAUGGACCAACUCUUCCAAUUUUGAGGCAGAGAGUUUUAGAAGGAAGAUUCCGGAUUCCCUAUUUCAUGUCCGAAGAUUGUGAGCACCUUAUUCGAAGGAUGUUGGUCCUAGACCCGUCCAAACGGCUAACCAUAGCUCAAAUCAAGGAGCAUAAAUGGAUGCUUGUAGAAGUUCCUGUUCAGAGACCUGUUCUCUAUCCACAAGGGCAAGAAAAUGAGCCAUCCAUUGGGGAAUUUAAUGAGCAGGUUCUGCGAUUGAUGCACAGCCUUGGAAUAGAUCAGCAGAAAACCAUUGAGUCUUUACAGAACAAGAGCUAUAACCACUUUGCUGCCAUUUAUUACUUGUUGGUGGAGCGUCUGAAAUCACACAGGAGCAGCUUUCCUGUGGAGCAGAGACUGGAUGCCCGCCAGCGUCGGCCCAGUACCGUGGCUGAACAAACAGUUGCCAAGGCCCAAACUGUGGGGCUCCCGGUGACCGUGCACUCCCCAAACGUGCGGCUGAUGCGGUCUGCCCUCCUCCCUCCCGCAUCCAACGUGGAGGCCUUUCCAUUCCCAGCGUCCAGCUGUCAGGCAGAAGCAGCCUUUAUGGAAGAAGAAUGUGUUGACACACCAAAGGUUAAUGGCUGCCUGCUGGACCCUGUGCCUCCCGUCCUCGUGAGGAAGGGGUGCCAGUCGUUGCCCAGCAACAUGAUGGAGACGUCUAUCGAUGAGGGGCUGGAGACGGAGGGGGAGGCUGAGGAAGACCCCAGCCAGGCCUUCGACGCGUUCCAGUCCACGCGCGGUGGGCAGAGACGGCACACUCUGUCAGAAGUGACCAAUCAGCUGGUCGUGGUGCCUGGUUCAGGGAAAAUUUUCUCCAUGAGUGACAACCCCUCCCUUGACAGUGUGGACUCUGAGUAUGAGAUGGGGUCUGUUCAGAGGGACCUGAACUUUCUGGAGGACAACCCUUCCCUUAAGGACAUCAUGUUAGCCAAUCAGCCAUCCCCACGCAUGACCUCUCCCUUCAUCAGCCUGAGACCUGCCAACCCAGCCAUGCAGGCUUUGAGCUCCCAGAAGAGAGAGGCUCACAACAGGUCACCAGUGAGCUUCAGAGAGGGCCGCAGGGCGUCGGAUACCUCCCUCACCCAAGGAAUUGUGGCAUUUAGACAACAUCUUCAGAAUCUGGCUAGAACCAAAGGAAUCCUAGAGUUGAACAAAGUGCAGCUGCUGUAUGAACAGCUAGGGCCAGAGGCAGACCAGGACUUGGCCCCAGCGGCACCCCAGCUCCAGGACCUUGCUGGCCCUUGCCCUCAGGAGGAAGUUUCUCAGCAGCAGAAAACGGUCUCCACUGUCCCCAGCAGUGUGCGUCCUCAGCUGUCCCCACGGCAAAGCCUGGAGGCCCAGUACCUACAACACAGACUCCAGAAGCCCAGCCUUCUGUCCAAAGCCCAGAACACCUGUCAGCUUUAUUGUAAGGAAGCCCCGCGGAGCCUGGAACAGCAGCUGCAGGAACACAGACUCCACCAGAAGCGACUCUUUCUGCAGAAACAGUCUCAGCUGCAGGCCUAUUUUAAUCAGAUGCAGAUAGCGGAGAGCCCGUUCCCGCCACCCCUUCCCCGCCAGGAGGCGUCUGCGCAGGCGCCGCCGCCCCCGCCCUUCGGCCUGGCCCAGCCCCUGAGCCCCGUCUUGGAACCCGCCCCCGAGCAGAUGCAGUACAGCCCCUUCCUCGGCCACCAGUACGAGGACCUGCGGCUGCAGCCCCUGCCCUCCUCGCCCGGGCCCCGGGCCCCUGCGCUGCCCGUGCACCUGCAGCAGCAGCAGCAGCAGCAGCAGCCGCCUCCGCCGCCCCCGCCGCCGCCCCCGCAGGCGGGAGCCGCCCCCGCGCCCCUCCGCUUCCCUUAUCAGACUUGCGAGCUGCCGGGGGCGGCCUCCCCCGAGCCGGACUAUCCCCCGCCCUGUCAGUACCCCAUGGAUGGAGCCGCGCAGAGCGGCCUCUCGGCACAGGACUGUCCCAGGAGCUCAGGACUGCAGGAGGCCGCCUCCAGCUACGACCCCCUGGCUCUCGCCGAGUUCCCUGGACUCUUCGAUUGUGAGAUGCUGGAGGCUGUGGAUCCACAGCACGGGGGCUACGUCCUGGUAAAUUAA